UCGUCCCUGAAAUGAAUCAUUUCACAUAUCUAUGUGUGGAUGAUUGGAUGAUAUGGAUAAAGUUCAUAUCUGACACUUAUCUUAACAUCAUAACCAUAAUAUCUUUAAAGAAGACCUGUCGUAAAUAUUUAUUAUUAAAUAUGGCAGAAUCACAUGUAAUAAAAAGUAUGGAUUCAGAUAUAAAUAAUGAUAAUAUCUCAAUGAUGGAUAUUACAGAAUUAUACAGUACUUCAGAUAUGCAAGAUUAUGUGCAACAAAAUUCAUCACAAUUUCCUUUAUGGUCUGAUGAAAACAAUAUCCUGGAAGAUUUGGAUUCUGUAAUUCCAUAUGCAACUUGUUAUACAAGAAGAUCCAUACAAAUAUCAUUUCAAAAUCAUGCAGAAACUAUUGUAUCUCGCUUACAAUGCAGCAAACGACUCAUGCAAAACGAUUUAACUGCUGAACAACUUAGAAUGAACAUCUUAAAAUCUAUGCCACAAUGUUUAACAAUAAGAAGAUUGGUAAAGUCUAAAUUACAAACAACAGUGCAACAAAGAUCAAAAAAGAAAUCUAUUAGCUACUGGAAAAGGCUUAAGUAUAAAAUCAAUUUCAGUUUCCGAAAGGCAUAUAUGAUAAUUCAAGAUAUUGGACAGACUAUGGAAAUUUGGUACCAUAUCAUAAAAUCAAUAGAAGGUCAGUUUGGAAGUGGAGUAGCUGUUUAUUUCAAGUUUUUAAGAUGGCUAAUUCUUUUAAAUAUUAUUUUUGCUCUCAUGAGCAUUAUUUUUAUUGUUCUUCCACAAUCUUUGGAUCAAGUAUAUUUACCUUCAUCUAUUAAUGUUUUGGAUUUUGUAACAGGCAGUGGAUUUUUUGAAAAUACAAUAAUGUAUUAUGGAUUCUAUAAUAAUGGUACAGUGGAAAAAAUGCUUAGCAGUACAUACAAUAUUCCUUCUGCUUAUUUUAUUACAUUACUUUGUGCUUAUAUAUUUACAUUCAUUGUACUUUCUGUUAAGGUAGUAUUAUCUUAUCGGAAACGCUAUAUUGAAAUUCGUGAGAAAGUACACUGUUUCUAUUGUAACAAAGUAUUUUGUGGAUGGGAUUUUGCUAUAUCUUCUACGAAAGCUGCAACUUUACAAUCUAUAUCAAUUUAUAGAGAAUUACAAGAACUUUUAGCAGAAACAGAAAAGCAUUCACGACAAAAUUGUCUUAUAACAUUUUGUAUUAUGUUUGUACGUAUAAUUAUUUCUAUAAUCACUUUUUUUAUGAUAUGUGGGACUAGUGCAAUACUAUGGAUAUUAUUAAGUACACAUGAAAUGGAUAAAUCGAAGACAUCAGUAAUGAUUGUACCUGUGGUUAUUACAAUUAUUAUGAAUGUAUUCUCAAUAAUUAUCUCUUUCUUAGCCAAAGUUGAGAAAUAUAACAGUAAACGUACUGAAUUAUAUGUAACUGUGAUUAGAAUUCACGCAUUAGCUGCUGUAGUAAUCAGUACCCUUCUUGCUUUUUGGCUAAUACAUAGCACAGAUGGCUGUUGGCAAACAGAAUUAGGAAAGGAAAUUUAUCGACUUAUAUUUCUAGACUUCAUUAUCUCUAUUUUUAUUUUAUAUAUAAUUGAGGCAGUGCGUUCUAUUAUAUAUGUAACAGUUUGGAAAGGAGUUGGAAGAACAAAAUUUGAUAUUGCCCGUAGUACAUUAAACCUUAUUUAUAAUCAAAUGCUGUUUUGGCUAGGUUGCUAUUUCAGCCCAUUAUUAUCCUUGAUAAUCAUUAUAAAAAUGAUUUUAACUUUUUAUGCAAAAAAGCAUAGCUUAUUAAAUUUUUGUGAGCCACCUUCAAGACCUUGGAGAGCAGCACAAACACAGACUCUUUUUUUAGCACUUUCAUUCAUUGGAAUAAUUAGUGUACUGAUUAUAAUAGGAUAUAUCAUUACAAAUGUACGAAGUGAUGAAUGUGGGCCUUUUAAAGGACAUAAUUAUACGUGGGAGUAUAUAGUUGAUGGUGUCCUUCAGCUGAAAAGGGAUAGUGCUUUUUGGCUACUUAUAAGCGAACUUGCAAGACCCUCAAUUGGAGCAGCCAUAUUGAUUGCAAUGAGUGUUGGAGUCUAUUGGCUUAGAGCUAAAGCACAAGCGAAUAAGGAAAUGUUAACAAUUUUGCAAGAUAUGCUAUUUUUACACGCACGAGAUAAGCAAUUUCUUUUUGCUAAAAUUACUAACGCAGGUAAAAUUUAUAGACAAAGUCGUUUAAGAUCUUUCAAUUGUUACGUUACUGAUGAAACAAAACAUUUUACUUCAUCAAAUGAGAGAGAAUAGAUAUCACACAUGAAAUGUGGAUAAAAUAUUUUACAAAUUACGAUUUAAAAUAAAA